GGCUCUCGCGGCUCCUUUCCGACCAGGGAGGGCAGCGGUACAAAGUCGGCGGCAGGGCCCAAAGAAGGCCCCGGUGGAUUCGAGGCGUUAGCGUGGGGACGCCUUGAAAGCAGAGCGGCGGGGCUCCGGGAAAAGCCGCGGGCCGAGCCCUCUCCGGCCGCUCCAUGCCGGGUUGGAGGCUGCUGGCUCAGGCCGGCGCCCAGGUGCUGGGCUGCGGCGCGGGCCGCCUGCGUGCUGCCCGGGCCGCGGGAAACAGAGCAGACAUCUGGCUUUUGGUUAGAAGUCUCCAUGGCAGGAGUGGUACUUGGUGGGAUGAGCAUCUUUCUGAAGAAAAUGUCUCAUUUGUUAAGCAGUUGGUCUCUGAUGAAAAUAAAGCCCAAUUAGCAAGUAAACUGUGUCCUUUAAAAGAUGAACCAUGGCCUCUACAUCCCUGGGAACCAGGUUCCUCUAGAGUAGGCCUUAUUGCCCUGAAGCUGGGUAUGAUGCCUUUAUGGACCAAAGACGGUCAAAGGCAUGUGGUCACAUUACUUCAGGUACAAGACUGUCACGUUCUAAAAUAUACUCCAAAGGAAAACUGUGAUGGAAAAAUGGCAACCCUAACUGUAGGAGGAAAAACUGUGUCACGUUUCUAUAAAUCUCCGUCUGUAUUGGAAUUUUACCAAAAACUUGGAUUGCCGCCAAAACAAAAAGUUAAAAUCUUUCGUGUAACAGAUAAUGCUGUGAUUAAGCCAGGUACUCCUCUUUAUGCUGCUCACUUUCGCCCAGGACAGUAUGUGGAUGUCACAGCCAAAACUAUUGGUAAAGGUUUUCAAGGAGUCAUGAAAAGAUGGGGAUUUAAAGGCCAGCCUGCUAGUCAUGGUCAAACAAAAACCCACAGGAGACCUGGAGCUAUUUCAACUGGUGAUGUUGCCAGAGUCUGGCCUGGAACUAAAAUGCCUGGACAAAUGGGAAACAAAGAUAGGACAGAAUACGGACUAAAAGUGUGGAGAAUAAACACAAAGCACAAUAUAAUCUAUGUAAAUGGCUCUGUACCUGGACAUAAAAAUUGCUUAGUAAAGAUCAGGGAUUCUAAACUGCCUGCAUAUAAGGACUUCUGUAAAAAUCUACCAUUCCCUACAUAUUUUCCUGACGGAGAUGAAGAAGAACUACCAGAAGAUUUGUAUGAUGAAAAUGUGUUUCAGCCCAGCGCACCGUCUGUUACGUUUGCCUAACCUCAGUGGACAUGGCAGAACGUUUUGUAUUUUAUGAGCUUUGCUGAGCCAGAGCACUAUACAACCAGGAAAUCUGUUUUCCUUUCUUAAUCACAAUACCGCUCUUUGUGGUAGGGCAUCUUUGUGAAGGCCAUAACUAUACGUCAUCCAUCCCCCAAACUAAAUUUUGUUUUAAAAAAUUACAUUAAAUAAAUCAGUUAAGUAGAUUGGAUAUGCCAAAUGUAGACGGAUUGGCAGUUUGCAUAUGAGCCAAAUAUUUUGUAAUUUGUGAGCUUCAUUCUUUUUUCACUACAUAUAUCUCUAGUUACCUUAAGAUGCUUAUGAAUUUAACUUCUUUUGGUAAAGAUAUUUCUGUCUUUCUGAAGGGGUGAUUGUGGAACAGUGACAAACCGUUUGGGAAUUAUGGUGUAACCUAUUCAGAAAAAGAAAACAUUUCCUAAAAUUCAUUUUUAUCAUUCUUCACUAAACAGAAAAAGGAAGUAAGAUUUUUAUUUAAAUUACAGAUAUAUGUCAUAAAGGCCUGACAAAGGAAAAACAAUAAAAUCAUAAAUUAUGGAUCCUGUUUACUUAUCUCUUGGGAGGAAUGCUUUUUAGUUUGAUCACUCAGCUAUAAAUUAAUCAUUAAACUAUAGUUUAAUCAUUUUUCCUCACUUUCCCAGAAGGAUUUGAAAUGGCCUAGGGUUGUACAUUCAACAAACUUAUUAAUCAUCUAUUUUUAAAAAUAUUAAUUCUUGGGUAUUUUUCAUUGUAUGAAAUUAAAAUGUGUUUACUAAUGGCUACAUUAUGUCCAAUAAUCAAGCUUAACAAUGCAAGUGUAAGUAGUCCUUAUUGAACUACUGAUUUCCUCUGAACCAGAUUCCUGAGGACCCACAGAAUCUAACUUUUAACUCGAUGUUUUCUCAGACUUCAUUCAGAUGGCAUCCCAAGAAACAUUAAUCAUACUGCUAGAUCACCGUAUAAAUCCUGAUAACUAAUCA